CAGAAUUUGGCACAUCCUGGUAUAGGGGGCUAUGGUCUGAGUAAGCAAGCAGCGGCACAACCUGCUCCUGGGCCACAGAAAACAUCAGCAGCAGACAGUCCUUUGGCUCCCAGUUCCGUGUGCGGUUGUGAGGCUUAAGACUUCCUCGGGUAUUCUUGAAACCUAUAACAGUCUUACAGACAAACACCUGGUUGGAUAUUUCAGCAAUGCCAGGAUAAGACGACAUCUUCAGAAAUCAGGACUGAAGUGUUUAAUGGAAACCUGAAGGAUUUGGUAAAGGUGAAUAUGCUGAACAUUAAAAACACCGGUGCCCUCCUAAGUGUGACUCUUUUGCACAGGCAGAUGCAGUAGGGCAGCAAGUGUUUAAUCCUUUCCACCCCUUUGGACAGUGGCCUGUGGAGGAUCUCAAGGAGUGGAAGAAUAAUACCCGAGAAGGAAUACCGUCUCAAUGCCCUAAGGAGGAGCCACCAGAGACACGUCCAGGAGUGCUUGGCUGAUGCCAUAUAUCAAAAGGUCCUUGACAUGGAGGUGUGCCCCUACUGAGGAUGUGUGAGCCUUCUCAGCAUCAUCAUCAGCUGGGGCUGAAAAAGAGACUUGAUUAUUCUAUGAGGAAAGAGAUGAUGCAGCCAGUCAAGAUGGAGCAAUCAAUGGGAGAAGUUGUCCAUAUGUACUCCCCACACCCACCAGUCGCUCCCAGGAACCACCACGCGCUCUGUCCUUUGGUGUCUGGAGAACGAAGUGGUCGCUCACAAGGGAGGGCACCUAGAUUUGGAGUUGAUUAUGAUGGUGGACGUUGUUCUCUUUAUCGCCGAACCAAGGAGCCUGCCUGCUGUAAGGUGAGUUCCUUGCGACCAAAUACAGCUCCAGGAAAUGUACAGCAGCCCCCUCGCCUCCAGCCCCUUCUUGGCUGGGCUGCAGCAGGGUCUGUAUCAAAGGCUUCCAAACAGAAGUGCCAUGCACUGGAACAUUAUCAGCAGUUUGCCUGUGGGGGGGAGAGCAGUGAGUUAACGUUUAGGAACCCAAUGGACUACAUGGCUGGCAUGUCACCCUACCAGCCCCCUGCCAGCAAGCGCCGUCGUCGUCGUGUGGUGCCAGUGCCACCGCCCCGCCCGCACGUAGGGGACAGGUGCAUCCCUGGGAUCAGACGUGGGCUGCCCGUAGAGAGAUGGUUUCACUCCACCACUGGAUUCAAUGAGCAGUUUUUGAUCAAUAAUACCAAAGGGUUCCCCAAGUCCCCAUUGUGCAGCAACGCCUUGGUCACCAUGAUCUACCUAGGAAAGAGUAAGCAUGUGUCUCUCCGUGAUUACAAGGAUGAAAUCAAAGUCUAUCAGCAAUACUGUGGAACAGAAAACAUUUGUGUCUAUAAAGGCGACCUGUUGGAAGGAGAUACCUUCCAGUUCAUCUCUAAGAGGUACCUCGGUUACCCAUUCAGCCUCACCUUUUAUCUCAACGGGCUCCAAGUGGACAGGCUGAGCUGCUGCUGUGAGUACAGAGGCUUUCAGUGUAAGAGGCCUGCCCGGCUGCGGCGCAAAAACACCUACUUCAGGGUGCUCCAUGUGGCAGGAGCACCUCCUUGCUACAGGUGCUUUCUUGCGAUGGGCCUGGACAAAAAGCUGUUCCCUCCCAAGAGGAAGAUUAAGUACUAUACGAGGUCACACAUGUGUGGCUGUUCUCCUAACUGCGCGCACAGCGAGCCCUGUGACAGCAGCAUGGUGCAGAAAUCAAUUGAAGGCUCAGUGUCACUCACCAUACCGAGCCAGGAAGAAAGUGUGCAAACUAUUGACGAAACACUGGAGUCUGAAGAGGAGUCCAGCGAAGAAGAUGAUGAUGAUGAAGAAGAAGAUGAAGAAGAAGAAAUGGAAGACCAAUCUUAUGAGGAGACCGAAGCCACCACCACUCAGGAAAACACCAGUGAAAGUGAAUAUGAUGAAGAUUUUGAAGCAGAUGAAGAAGUUAAUGAAGAGGGACAGACUGGUCAUCAAAUGAAUGGAAUGACAGAGUCAUCCUCAGAUGAUAAAAACCAUAAUUUAGACUAUGGAAAGGAGACUGAAACCUCAUCUCAGAAGGCACUGCAGGCCUCUGGCUGUGAGAAAGAUGAAAGUGGCAGAUAUUCUGGUGACAGGGACUCUGAACAUGAUGUACCAGAGAGAAGGCCUGCAGACUCUUUCUCAUCCAUGAGCACUCAGUGCAGCACUGAGACUGACUCUCAUGCUGAAAUGAAGGCAGACAAUGUGAAGUGCAAAGAGGACUACAAUAUCAAAAGUACAUCUGAUAGUGCAGCACAUGCACACUAUGGAAAUGAGAAUGGGGAGAAGAAACUGCUCAGAGUGGAGGAAAAUCAGGAGAAUUCUUCACUGGAAAAGAAAGGAAUAGAUGAAGCAGAAAAGACAAAACCAGAAGAUCUAACAGCAAGGGAAGAUACUAGAAUUUUUCAUGAAAACAUAAUGGCAAUGCAGCAUGAAAACCCUGAGGUUAAUGGGGAAUUCAAACACACUGGGUCAGGAGAAAGUAACAUUAAUGAGGAGGAGAAAUAUCCUUCCGUGCCUUGGGAUAGCAGAGUAUUGAACAAUGAGGAUGGCAACGAAGACUCUCCUUGGUGUGAGGAAGGAGGUGUUUUUGAAGAUUGCAAACCAGUCCAGGAGGAGAUAGCAAAAGCAACUGGAAAUGAUCAUCCUGUGAAUUCUGACCCUGAGCCUGGUGAUUUGUGUGCCAGUGAGGAAGAAAAGAACACAGCAAACACAGAGCAUGCUGCCAGUGAAGCAGCAGAUGGAAGUUUCCUGGCCGAAGGGAGGAGCAGCCCUGACGUGCAGGAGGCAGCAGCAGCACAGGCGGCACCCGCAGGGGAGGCGACAGGGCCGGGACAAGGCCUGGAGCAGCACGGUGCUGCUGAGGGAGGCGCUGGCAGCCGGGAGGCCGCAGGAAAAGCCGCAGGGGCGGCGGAUUCGCUGCCCCAGGCAGGCACGGGGGCUGCGCUGCGGGAAUCCGCACCGCAGGAAGGCGCCGUGGCAGAGGAACAUCCCCGGGGACAGGGAGCAGGGGAGGCAGGGCAGCUGGGCACAGAGGUGUCACCUGGGGAGCAGGAGGUGCUGCUGGAGGGGAUGGAGAGAGAGGUGGCACUGGGAACAGCUGCGGGAGAGGGGCCAGCUGGGGCACUGCCAGCACGGGAGGCAGACACAGCCGUGCCCCGGGGGCAGGAGGGGGCUGGGGGCACCGGUGGGGAGGAGGAGGCUGCAGAGGAAGGCUCCAGAGGAGCAGCAGGGCCCCCAGCAGAGGAGGAGGUGGGUGAGGCAGUGUCCGGGGCAGGGGAGACCCUGGGGCAGGGAGGGUCUGCAGGGAAGGACACGAUGGUGGGUGCUGUGUCAGAGGGAGAGGAGCCUGCGGAGGAUGCUGAUGUGGCAGCAGAUGGGAAGGCCAGAGCUGUGGGCCCUGAAGGAGAAAAGGUUGGUGAAGAAGAGUUUUCUGAAGGGGAGGAGGCUAUGGGGAAGCCUGGGGCUCUCUGGGAAGCCCUAGGGGAUGUGGAAACAGGAGAAGCAAUGUCUGGAGGGGAAGGGUUUGUAAAGCCAAGUCAGUUUUCCGAGCUGAAAGUGUCAGGGCAAGAGUGUAUGGAGAUGGGGAAAGCUGUCCCAGGAGCUGCAGCAGCGCUUGAGAGUGCUCAGGCUCUCCAGAGAGAGGAGAACACGGUGGAAGAGUCUGUGGAGCCUGACAAGGGUCCUGUACUGGAAGUGGCACCUGGGUUAGGGGCACUGGGCGGUGCUCGGGGGGAUCCUGUCACUGAAGGGUCACAGGAGGAGAGGCUGGCAGUGCAGGAGGAGGAGGGUGCAGCAGAAGCACUUGGGAGUGGAAAGCCAUCUGAGGGCAGCAAGGCAGAGACAGAGAGAGCAGUGGAAGGAGAACCCGAAGGAGAGGUGGUGGGAGGGUCUGCAGGGGCGGCCGGAGCGGGCUCGGGGGAUGAAGAGGAGGGCGCAGAUGGAGCAGCAGGUUCAAAGGAGCCGGCAGCUGGGACGGAGGGGUGGCUGAGGUGUGGGCAAGUGAGAGGGGAGGGGAGGUGUCCCGGGGAGGGGCUGCUGGGCGAGGCGGCGCCGGGGCUGUGCGGGACCCGCGCCGGGGAGCCCGGGCUGGUGGCCAUCGCUGUGCUGGGCGGCCGGGCCGGCCGAGGAGCCCUGGCCGGGGGCCCGGCAGAGGCUGGGGCUGGCGGGGCGGGCACGGGGGCGAUGGCACAGGAGGGCGUGAUAGGAGCAGUGCUGGGGGCACAGAGCGGGACAGCGCCGGCAGGGCCAGAGGAGGCGGCGGCCGGGGAAGGGCUGGCCGGGGAAGGGCUGGCCGGGGAAGGGCUGGCCGGGGAAGGGCUGGCCGGGGCACCUGGGGCUGGCGGGGCAGCGGGCGGGUGCGAGGGCCGGCAGCGGGGCGAGGACGGGCGGCAGGAGGAGGGCAUGGAGCAGGCAGCGCUGAAAGCCGAGGGGGAGCAGCCCUGUGGAAACGCGGUGGCGGGUGUCUCGGCGAGGGCAGGGGCCGCUGCUGGGGAGCAGGGGCAGCACAGCCCGGUCGGAGCGAGCCCAGCUGUCCCGGCAGCCGCCGACGCGGGCGAGAGGAGCCGCAGUUGCCGGCAGGAUAGUGAAAACCCAGACCCACUCAUCAUGUCCUCAGAACAGGAUGGGGAAGAAACUCUGCUCUGAGCUUUUUCUGCAGCCCCUCAGUGCUGUGUCCUGUAGCAUGCACUCAGCUGGCCGUGGGUUUGUGCCGGCUGGGAUGUCACUCCUCUCUUCACUCUGUGGGUAACACAGCCACCUGCCACGUUUCACUGGAGCAGCUCCUCAGCGUGCAGCAGACAACUGCAACGAGCUUGUGUUUGCCAGCCCAGGAAACAGCACUCCUUUGGAAGGAUGAAGACAGUAAUCACAAGGAUUGUUCCACAGCUGUCUGCCUUGUUUUUCUUGAAAAACAGAAAUAUACUGGACUGACUGAACUUCCCCUCCUCCCCUAGGCACCACUUGCUCCAGCAGGCAGGCAGAGCUUUUAUCCUGGGAUCUUUCCCACCCCAUGCCAGGGGAGGGGAGCCCUCCUGCAUGCACAGUGCCCCCUGUGCCAGGGGCGUGUGGGGGGCUUACCUCCCCUUGGGCAUCCAGGCUUGCUUGUUGCUCAUAUGAUUCUAACAAGUAUUUGUAAAUGCAUGAAGCCUGGCCUUCUGCUUUUGCUGGAGUCACUCAGGAGUGGUCUGUGGAACCUCAGCUGAGGCUGCCAGGAGGGUGGGCAGUUUAGAGUUGUCUCAGCCUGGUGCUGGCUGCCCAUCUCUGCUGCCCAAGGCUCUUCUCAGCCCUGCUGCACCUCUGGCCACACUGGGGCCCCUAGGACCUUUUUGGGCCGCGCACCUGGGGCUGGGUGUGCAGCAGCCUCUAGGCACUCCAAGCUUGGUGGGUGCAGCAGACUCAGCCCCACACAGUGGGGAACUGUAACUGUGUUUUCAAGCAGGGAAAAGACACUGAAAUGAGCAGGAUUUUGAGUGGAUUGGUGCUGUGAAUCACUUCAGAUCAGUAUACAUGGAACUGGAAACUCAAACGUGCUCAAGUGGCUGCUGUGUGUUUGCUCCUAGAGAUGUUCCUGUACUAGAGAUGGUUGCAUCUGUGUGUUUAGUCUGUACAAUGUCGCAGAGGGUUGUGUUUUCUCUGUCAUACUCACACCUACAUGUUCACUCAGGCCUAUUAAAUACCUGUACCAGUCUGUGCA